AUGUUUAAAUUAUUACUAACGAUUUCUUUCAUAUGUUUAUUACCGUUAUUUUAUUGCGAAAAGGCAGAAGAUACUUUGAUAUUAGCUCAUGUGUUGGCAAGACAUGGAAAUAGGACCGCUGAAGUAGAUUUUAUGUUUCCUACUUAUCCUCUGCAACAAACAUCGUAUUAUCCCUAUGGACCUGGCGAAUUAACAUUGGAUGGUAAAAAGUUGAUGGCUGGAGUUGGUAAAGCUUUGAGGGAGAGGUACGGACAUUUUCUGGGCGAUUGUUAUUCACAUGGUUUAAUAGAAGCCAUUUCUUCUGGUUAUAAAAGAACAAUGAUGAGCUUACAAGUAAUCUUAGCUGGGCUGUUCAUACCAUCAAAUUCUUGUGUAUUGAAAGGAAAUUUAAAUUGGCAACCCGUGCCUUUUUCCUAUUUACCAUUUUACAAAGAUAAAUUUUUCGCAAUGCAGAAAAUAUGUCCAAAUAUAUUAGCUGUACAAACGAAACCAAAUAAGGAUCAAUUAGAAUUAUAUAAAUAUUUAUCAGAGCAUUCAGGAUUAAAUAUAACUAAUUCUUAUGGAACAUUUGCAGUAGUCGGGAGCAUACAAAACUUGUUGGAUCUAGGUUUUGAAGCACCUGAAUGGAGCGUCUCGGUGUGGCCACAAUUACUAAGAGAUCAGGAGGGUAUACAAUUUUUGCAAGAUUUGGUUGAUCAAAAAUUGAAGAUGUUGUCAGGUUCGCUGAUCCUUAAAAUACACGAAGAUUCACAUAAAAAAAUCAACGGUACUUUUCAGCCUAAAAUGGUUUUAUAUUCAGGACAUGAUAUUAAUAUGGCUGGACUAUUGGGUGUAUGCGAAAUAUUUAAACGAGAAUACAUUAGUUAUGGAAGUUACAUAAUUAUAGAAUUACAUAAAAUCGAAGCUAAAUAUUACGUAAAAGUUUUAUACGAGAAUUACAAAUUCGAUAAACCUGAAGUUAUGGUAUUGCCCAAUUGUUCAGAAUAUUGCGAGUUCGAAAAAUUUGUUGAAAUUACGAAGAAAUUUUAUCCAAACGAGAUUUGGUGUUCAUAA